ACACCAUAUAUAGCAACGGAACUAUGCAACCGAAUACCGGUCCUCAAUUAUCUCAGGCGCACAACCCUGAACCAGAUGUGGACUAUGGCGAUUGUGUCCAGGACGAAGGUGUGCCCGACGAGGAGAUUCUGGGUAGUGAUGAUGACGAGCAAGAGGAUCCAAGAGAUUAUUGCAAAGGUGGUUAUCAUCCGGUAAAAAUCGGCCAAGUGUACAACGGUCGGUACCAUGUUGUACGUAAACUCGGUUGGGGCCAUUUCUCCACCGUAUGGCUUUGUUGGGAUUUAAAUAUCAAGAGGUUUGUGGCAAUGAAGGUGGUGAAAAGUGCCUUGCACUACACAGAGACAGCCAUCGAUGAGAUUAAAUUGUUAACAUGCGUUCGUGAAUCAGCUCCGGAAGAUCCUUUCAGAGAUAAGACAGUGCAACUACUGGAUGAUUUCCGCGUGUCUGGAGUGAACGGACAACAUGUCUGCAUGGUGUUUGAGGUACUUGGUCACAACCUACUGAAAUUAAUAAUAAGAUCUUCCUACCGUGGAAUUCCUUUGGAGAACGUACGUUCCAUCAUCAAACAGACGCUCCAAGGGUUACAUUAUCUCCACACAAAGUGUCAGAUUAUCCACACAGACAUCAAGCCUGAAAACAUUCUUGUCUGUGUCUCUGACUCACAAAUCAGACGAAUGGCGGCAGAAGCACUGGAUGCCCAGAGGCGUGGUGUUCAGUUGUCCGGUUCAGCAGUGAGCACCGCACCCAAGGAGACAGAGGUUGAAACAGGGAAAAUGACGAAGAGCCGAAAACGCCGUCUUCGCCGCCAGCAACGCAAACAACAAGCACUACUUGAGCAGGAACUUGAAGAAUUGGAGGAACUGGAAACACAAGAACACGAACGUCGACUACUCGAUAUGGGUUUGCUUCCAGGAGGGGACAAGCAAGAUGAUUGUGUUGAUGGAAACGAUGGGAGCGACGGUGAACAGAGCCCAAAUGAACAACAGAACAGCACUUCGCAAUCCGAUGAACAAACUAAGACUGAUGACAAGUCAAGGAUGGCCUCACCUGGUUCCGUAAAAGCCAUCAGUAAAGUUGGAGCAGUUGUGGUUGGCACUGCGCGUGCAGUUGUCUCAGCUCUAGGCCUCGCCGCUUCUAUCCCACUCAAAGCAUGCAACACAUUCAGAGACUUGAAGCCCGACGCGGAUUGUGAAUCAAUACGCCCCGAAGCUAAGCAGCCUCGAACAGAGAAUACCGACUCGAUUAAGUUUCCAAGAGACUUUCAAUCUCCUGCGGCCCUACUCCCGUUUACUCUAUCAAGUCCCUUCCCGGUCGAUUCUACUAGUCACGCUAAAAUUCAUAGUUCACCACCGUCACAUGUUGCUAGCACAUCCCGGCGGGGAAGAAAACGCGCCGCCACCACUUCAAUGGGUUCGCCUUCGGCUGCAUCUGAACCCUCUCGGUUGUCAUCCUCGCAAUCUCUGCUACGCCGCUCUUUAUUAUCCACGGGGAUUGGUCCUUUGGCGGAAUGUCUAAGGCAGAAUCUACCAUGGCCCUUCCGCCGUCGCAGUUCUACCGGCGAGGCCUCAAUACCGAGCAGUAAACAAAACGAUGACGGUUCAGUGGACGAUGAAUGCAGUGGCACACCGGACCUAACUACUCAGAGGCCAAUAGAAACUGAUGAGGAUUCCACGGGAGUACAGCUUCGUCGACGUGUUAAACAGUUACCAGAUCAUUCUGGUGCAGCAGACAAUGUGGAUCACACUAACCUCGCCUCAGUUACCGAGCCACAGAAGGCUUCUUCGGCCACUGGAGAUCGUGGUUCCAUAAUCGUGCAGCCUGAAGGUCUAUUAGCCGCUACAGCAGCUGCAAUGACCACUGAUUUGCAGGCCCCCAACGCUAUAUCUCGUACCGAGAAUGGGAUAAAAAAGAAUACUCUCUCACAACCGGCUCCAUCACCUCCAUCACCUCGCGAUUCGAACGAAAACAAAGAACCGUUGGGUGGUUCAACGAAUAGCAGCCACCCGAAGCGCUCUAGCCUUGUACUACGGCCGAAUGGAGCAUCUGGAGCGAAUUCGCUGGAUAAACGGCGGUCACUUUUGUUUGAACCUGUCGUAACUGAGCCAGACCCCAGCAAAGAGGUUUGCAAAAUCGAUGUGAAGAUCGCUGAUUUGGGAAACGCCUGUUGGACUUACCGGCAUUUCACUGAGGAUAUUCAAACUCGCCAAUAUCGGGCACUUGAAGUGCUAAUUGGCGCUGGCUACGGACCUCCAGCGGACAUUUGGAGUACAGCGUGUAUGGCUUUCGAAUUGGCCACCGGGGAUUAUCUGUUCGAACCACAUUCGGGAGAGGAUUACACUCGUGAUGAAGACCAUUUGGCACAUAUUAUCGAGUUACUGGGCCCUAUUCCUCGGAAUCUCGCAUUGUCAGGCAAAUAUUCACGGGAAUACUUUGACAAACGGGCUUGUUUGCGACACAUUCGGAGAUUAAAGCCUUGGAGUCUGUUCAAUGUGCUCACGGAAAAAUACGACUGGCCUCCAAACGAAGCAAUGCAGUUCACUAGUUUCUUAGAACCGAUGCUUGCAUAUGAUCCAAAUGAACGGGCAACGGCAUGGGACUGUCUACAGCAUCCGUGGAUCACAGGCGAACCAUUUCCUUCGACUUUACCAGAUCAUGUAGCCGGUCGCUUGCCUUAUGGUGUUCCUUUUUCCGAUGGUCUACUUGGUGAUGUUCUUUCAAAUCCAAACCCCUAUUACUCUCAGAGAAGUGGAGGAUUAAUGGUUGUCCCUGGUUCAAUCGAAGCCGCUUCUGCGUCGAUGUACUGCAACAACCAUCCUCCCUACGUUGGGAUGCAUGAUGUCCCCCCUUCCGAUCGGUCCUUUAGCUAUAUUGCACCUGAACUUAUGCCUGGAACAGCUGCCUUUGGUCCCGAUGUGUCUAUCAACAAUCCCAGGCUUAUAACUGUCCCGGAAUCAGCCAACUCGAUAGGACCUCAUUUUCCGCCAUGGGUUGCGAAAUCCGGUCACCCUGAUGAUGGCGAUGUAUUAAUUGCCAAUGACAUCGAGGCUACACACAUGGGAAGCUAUGUACCUAAUAUACCGGAUUUAAGUCCUGUCCCCACCGACGAAGAUUACGAUGAGGACGAAGACGAUGAUUCCAAAGAUGAAGAUUAUGAAGACGAAGGUGACGAUGAUGUACUUGCAGGCGACGAUCUUUAUAACCGUCAUUAUUACGAACACCUCCAAAGCAAUCUGUCUGGCUAUCCGCUGGGAUAUCCUGAUGGUGGUGGCGCUGGUGCUGCUCCGUCGCACUCACGUAUGCCGGACGCGGUUGCUAUGGCAAUGGCAUGUGGACUGUCCCCAAGUCGAGCAGCAAUCAUGGCUUAUGCGGCAGAAGCCCUUGGUCCGGACACCGUGUGGGCGGGUUUAGCGGCGGCCAGAAAACGACACCAGGAACGCCUUCAAAGAGAGGAGCAAAUUCAACAACCUCCCAAACCUAUCAACCAGGACUCCCCGCCAUUGGGUGAGUCGCAUACUUCUACACCGUCCAUGAAUACUGCGGAAAGUUUCCCUGACAGUCAUCAGGGCUUGAGUCAAAUUGAUUCCGAAAUAUCUACGCAGAUGUCCCAAAUCCAACAGCCCAAUGGACAUGACGAUGACGAUAAUUCAGCCUACCUCUCCACUACUCCUGGACCGCACUCAAAUGCGGAAUCACCUAGCAACCCUGGUCCUGAUUCCCAAAGGUUCUCUCCUGACAAGGAUCGUGGUCGGUGCGAUUCUGACGUCGCACAGGAGGCCUCAAGUUCCCUUACAUCAGCCCCUUUCGCUGAACCAACAAAGACGGUGGCAGAGGCGUAGCCAUCUCUCCAGCGCUUUCAUCAUCUUUUCAGCUAUUCAUUCUUCUAUUGGUUGUGGAUGAAAUUUCCAGAUGCUGUGUGCACCCAUCGCUAUUUGGCCUCCCUCCAACAGACUUGUUACUUCGGCGGUCAGCUGCACUUGAUGAGACGCUCGUUUCCCAUGCUGUUUCCUUCUAUCUGGAGAACCCAUUAUCACAAAUCUGGAAUGUUGUCACGUUCCACUUUAAUUUGGCGUAUAUCUGGGCAAUCCUACCCGUGCUCCUUUCCUCAGCAGCUCUAGCCUCACGUUUUUUCCAGUUGUGCCAUGGUGCGAGCUCAACAUAUCGCUAGCCAGCCUAUCCCAUCUAGUCCACAGCAUAACCACCCAAUUGUGUGCCAGUUAGGCCUAAAGAGCUCCCUCAUAGUGAUGGUUCUUCGCACUUGGAACGUCUCCCGGUCAGAUAUAUCUUGAUUUACGAUCGGAGUAUCAUCUCAUUCAGGUCGUUAUCAAGUUAUCCCCCCUGGUUUUGACGUUGUUAAUUUUAUUCUUCGGUAUCCAGACAUGCCCCUAUCUCCAUUUUACCAACUCGCCGGUUUGGCCAAACUUUAUCCUAUUAGCACUAGGCGGAUUCAGUGACACCGUCUAGAACUAUGCACUAUACACACCACAGCAUGUUUUAUAUGAUCGACUCGAUCUAGGUUGUCUCCGUGUGAUAAGUGAUCUCAAACUGACAUCCUGUUGCUGCUCAGCUUCCCUGUUCUCCCAUCUUUUCACUGGUUAGCCUCCCGCAUAUCCUCGUGAUUCCUGUUCGAGGUUUCGUCGCGAAUUUGUGCUUCCGUUGCUCGAACCAAAUUUUGUAAAUAUCCGGACUAUUAACUUCUUGUCAUCCUCUCUCACCAGCACUAACACCGUUUACAAUUGUUGUUGCCAUCGUUAUAUGACCAAUGGAUGAUACCUAUAUUGCGCAUGCCAGUGGACUAGUAGUGUCCGGUUGAUGUUUUUGUGAUCAGUCUUUUUCCACACAGACACACGCCAUUCGGAUGUGGUUUAUUUUAACUUUGGUCAUGUCGAACUCAUCAUCUUGCCUGCACUCAUACAAACAUGAACACAGCUGAUGCCGGUAUGCUUUCUUUUUCCCGAACCCCUCUCCUGACCCUACUCACCAUAAGUAUGAGGGCAUUUGCGCCCAUUUCACCCGUCCGCUGUUUAUAUCCGAAACGCCAGCCCAGUUUGUACACACGAGAGUUGUUCCAUUAGGCCUAUUACCAUUUCUUCUCCACUUAAUUCUUUCUCUACUCAUGAUGCAUUUUGGUGUUUACACACGCCGAGGAACCUCAACUUUAGACCUGAGGGUUACCGUUUCCGACGUGAAUUUACCCAUCUUCCGCCUGCUGUCAUAUUCGGUUCUGUGCUUACUUCUCUAGCCUCUUUCUCUCUGUUCACUCGCCGUUCGCGCCAUUAUCAUUGGUUUUCACCAGUACACCACCCCCUCCUAAACGCCUUUGAACUGCCAGUGCAUGAUCUGUUUUCUUCGGUGAGAACGGGGAUUCUUGACACAUUAUUGUCAGUCUUCGUCCUCCAAACGGGCUGAUCGCGGUUAGUCGGCAACCAUGACUUGCCGUGUAUCCGCGCGCAGGAUUCAUCGACUUUUGUGACUGACAUUUGUUUCUCUCCCCCUGACUCGUUCUCUGUCCAUUAUUGCUCCUCUUGUCAGAUUUGUAAAUGAGUUUGCUUGUGCAUUUUAGUUGACCAAUUAUUCAAUGAUCCGUUCGAAUAGAUGACUUCUCUACGGCAUGAAGGUUGCAACGCG